CAAGAAGCCAUGAAGUUAGUGCCGAUGGGUUUCACUACUGCUUAUGAGGUUCACGAACGACGCAGCGAACUAAUUCAAAUUCGAACGGGAUCAUCGGCUUUGGACAGGCUCAUUGGCGGAGGAGUGGAGACCGGUCACAUCACUGAGGUAAGCAAAUUGGCAGAACUGUUUUGGGGUUAUCGAUCAGUCAAGAGUAAGUUUAACAUGGAUUGUAAACACGUGUUGGAAAAUAUCGCGGUAGCCAGGUGCUACAACUCAGAUCAUCAGAUCUCGCUACUGACAAUGGCUGCUGCCAUGAUGGCUGAAAGUCGAUAUGCUCUCCUGAUUGUUGACAGUGCUACUGGGCUGUUUAGGAGUGACUAUUGUGGUCGUGGUGAACUGGCAGCCCGACAGAUGGCUUUAUCCAAGUAA